GUUCGGUCACGUGACUGGGCGUCUGGCCAAUCACCACACUCCCUGUGGAGCUCUUCCGGUGGCGUUUUCUGUCAGUGUUUGUAAACAGAGAAGUAAAUUGGAAGUGCUACAAGAAAUAAUAACCUACAAAAAUCUAAAGACGACAUUAAUUAACUUAACCGGGACAAAGUUCAACUCCCUCCCACUCCUCCUCCGACCUUUACUUUCUAGCCAUUUUCCUUGUCAGUAGAAACAUAUAAAGGCGUAAAGAUUCACCAACUAUUCAAAAGCGUGGAUAUGGCGAACAUGUUCCUUCUCCCAUCAGAUGGGCAGGAUCCAGCUAAUCUCCGUGACCUAAAUCAGCCUCUCAUUGACCACUCAGAAGGUCAACUCUUCUUGAAUGAAGCCUUCAAAAUAAUUAUGGAGGAGGUGCUUUGCAAGGGUACAGACGCCAAGCAAAAGGUUUGUGAGUGGAAAGAGCCAGAGGAGCUGGCUCUGCUGCUGGAUCUGGAGCUGAGGGCGACGGGGGAGCCACAACAGAGGCUCCUACAGAGAGUAAAGGAUGUCGCCAAGUACAGCAUCAAGACAUGUCACCCACAUUUUUUUAAUCAGCAGUUUGCAGGACUGGACUAUCAUGCCCUGGCCGGACGAUUCCUCACUGAGGCUCUCAACACUAACCUCUUCACCUAUGAGGUGGCCCCGGUGUUUAUUCUGAUGGAGACUGAGGUUCUGAGAGGACUGCGGCAGCUGGUUGGCUGGACAGAAGGGGAUGGUAUUUUCUGCCCCGGGGGUUCUGCCUCUAACAUGUACGCCAUGAACCUCGCACGCUACAGACUCUUCCCAGAGGUCAAAAGCCAGGGGCUGUGGGGUCUCCCACGACUUACCAUCUUUACAUCUCCAGAGAGCCAUUACUCUGUGAAGAAAGGGGCUGCCUUUCUGGGCAUGGGGACAGACAAUGUCGUCUUGGUGAAAGUGGAUGAUGGAGGCCACAUGAUUCUAGAGGACCUGGAUGAAAAGAUAAAGCUGGCAAAGUCCCAGGGUGCAGUGCCUUUCUUUGUAAGCUGCACAUCAGGGACAACAGUGCAGGGUGCGUUUGACCCAUUGGACCGCAUAGCUGGUGUCUGUGAGAAGCACAAGCUCUGGAUGCAUGUAGAUGCUGCCUGGGGAGGGAGUGUGCUCUUUUCCAAGCAACACAGACAUCUGAUGAAAGGGGUUGACAGAGCAGAUUCAGUAUCCUGGAAUCCACACAAGAUGCUGAUGGCUGGCCUGCAGUGUUCUGCCUUGCUGCUACGGGAUACCACGAACUUGUUGAAGAAGUGCCACAGUGCCAAUGCCACAUACCUCUUCCAGCAAGACAAAUUUUAUGAUGUGAAUCUGGAUGUCGGGGACAAGUCGGUACAAUGCAGCCGCAAGGUUGACUGUCUGAAGUUAUGGUUGAUGUGGAAAGCUGUUGGCUCCAUUGGCUUGGCCGAGCGUGUAGACAAAGCUUUUAUCCUUGUAAGGUAUCUGGUGGAGCAGAUGAAGAAAAGAGAAGGGUUUCUUCUUUUACGUGAGCCAGAGUUUGUGAAUGUAUGCUUCUGGUUUAUACCGCCCAGUAUGAGGGGGAAGGAAGAAAAUGCAGAUUACCAGGAGAGACUGGCAAAAGUAGCUCCAGUCAUCAAGGAGCGCAUGAUGAAACAAGGCACUAUGAUGGUGGGCUACCAACCUUUGGGAAACAAGGUCAACUUUUUCCGCAUGGUUGUGUUCUCUCCGCUGGUUUGCCAGAAAGAUAUGGACUUCUUCCUUGACGAAAUUGAAAAACUGGGAAACGACUUGUGAACAAAAACACAAUAUCAAUGAUGUGUUGUCCAUGAAGACUGUAGAGGUCUGCACAGAGCCUUGUAUUGUAAUGUCACAAACUAUAACAAACAGUCUGACUGUACCCGUUGAGAGAUUUGACUUGCUGAAUUUAGACAGUUGCCAUGUCAUAAUAUAACGAGAGAUGCUCAAAUCUGAAAUCUGAGAACCAUGCACCAGAAUCUGAAUGAAUAAAAAAACUAAUAAAUA